CAGGAAAUCAAACUGUGGGUGUGACAUUUUCAGAAUAUUUCUUGUCAGGUUUCUAUUUCUACAAAGCAAAGCAAAGAUGGGGAUCCUUCAAAACCUGCUAUUCACCAUCUGCAUCGCUCUGAGAUGUGUUACCAGUGCAGUAGGGGUGAUCCAUGUGACUGGAUAUGUGGGGAGAGAGGUUAACGUUUCCUGCUCCUAUGAUGAGGGUUAUGAGUCUUAUGAGAAGUAUCUGUGUAAGAACGACUGUGGUGACAGUGAUGUUCUUGUUACAACAUCGGAAUCAAGGAAAAAUAAAUACAGGAUCCAUGAUGACAAAACAGCACGAAUCUUCACAACAACCAUCUCUGAUCUUCAUUCUGAGGAUGCUGGGAAAUACUGGUGUGGGGUGACCAGAAAUGGAAAAGAUAUCUACACUGAAGUCGAGCUGAAGUUAGCGCAAGACAGCUGCUGUGACACUGUGACCAAAAUUGAAAGUUAUGAGGGAUUCUCUGAGUCCAUUGUUUGUCCAUACGAGUCUCGGUACCAGAACAACCCGAAGUACAUCUGCAGAGGAAAUCGGCCCUCCACAUGUCGUCAACAGGCACUGAUCACCUCUGACAACAAACAAAAUGGACGAUUCAGACUUGACGAUGACAAACUGUUAGGAACAUUCACAGUAAACAUUAGCAGUUUGACCAAAAAUGAUUCAGGGUCAUACCUCUGUGGUGUCCAAAGAAACUCUGACCUGGAUGUUUUCUCUGCUGUUGAGCUGAAGGUCAAAGAGUGGUGCUGUGUCAAGUCAAUUAAAAUAAAAGGUACUGUAGGACAGCCUCUAUCUUUGCAGUGCCCUUAUCCUCCACAACAUCAGGACAAAGGGAAGUUCCUCUGCAAGGGAGAGCAGCUCAACAGCUGCAAAGACAUAACCAAUCAAAGCCGGUUCCAACUUGAAGGUAAUGGUUCUUUCAGCUCUUUCUCUGUGGUGAUCACAAAGCUGGAAGAAGCAGAUGCUGGGACAUACUGGUGUGGGUCAGACUCAGCGAGGAGGCCUGGAAACUACACCAAGAUUCAGCUUUCAGUUGUCUUUCUCCAGCACACCAGCACUCUACCUUCUGCAGUGGAAACGCUUGGAAAAAUGUCAACACAAAUUCCCAGUAAUCCUAUUAAAAAUGCAAGACACUAUGUGGUUUACACUGUUCCUCCCCUGCUGCUGCUACUGAUGUGUGUUUUUGCGGUUAUAGUUCAUAAGUGCAAACAUCAGAAAGUAAAAGAAGAUGAAGUUGUCAUGAACAAAAAUGCACAAAAUGAAGACGCUUUAGAGGAAGUGACAGAUGCAGCAAAAAAUAACAUUCAUGGAAAUCAAGAAGUUGUGAUGUGUAAGGAGGAGACGUCCAGACAACAGAGAUGAACCAAACUAUGAAAACAGAAGAAAUCUACCUAAAUAAAAAUGUAAAUAAAAAUGUCCAUGAAGCCAAUAACAGAUAAACAGAACAUGCAUUUGGGGUCAAACAGUGGAUCUCACCUGUAUAGAGAUUAUCCUGUUGA